AUGGUAAACUCGACAUUCAUCAUUUUAAACGCGCUGCGCGUACUCUCGAUAACAUCACUAUUACUAGCAAUCGCAACAUGUAUUAUCGUAAAUGUCAAAGGAUUUCCAAACCUCGGGCAAAGUAACACGAUAUUUCAGUUUAUGAAUCGAUCUGUGAUUGCUUUGGAAGCUUUAGUUUUGAUUUUCGCGGAAUUGGGUUGGCCAGCACGGCUAUUUCGCUGGUUCCCAAUGUUGGAUGAUACUCAUAGUUGGUCGUUUUUUGGGUUCUUGCAGAUUGUUAUGGGGUCUCUUAUUCUUGGAUAUGAUAGUGGUAUUAGCAGUGUUCAUUUUUUAGGCCAUAGUCUUUACAUAUUCAUUGUGGUUCCUGGAUGGUUCAUCUUUAUUAUCGGUAUUAUAUACAUGAUUACCGGUUCAUUCGGUGGUCCAGGACUCAAAGCUACACGUCGACUUGGCUCUACUAAAUCUCCUCCCCCCUACGGUGUAUAA